AAAUAUAAUAUAAUGUUCUUAUUGCUUCCCCAUCUUCUGAUAGUUUGUGCAGUGGUUUGUUUUGUAAAAUUUAGGAAGUUCUCAAAUCUCAAGUGUUCAAUGUCGAAGAUCCAAAUAGUAUACCAUACGUACUGUUUAUGUUAGUAUUAUUUAAUUGAGGUGAAUAUCUGCUAAAACAUAUUGCUCUGAAAGUAUGUUACUUAAAGAAGAAAAACUAAGCUAAUGAUUUUCACAUUUGAGUGAGUGAGUGAGAAUGCAACUUAUAUUUGGAUGUAUAAACACCCUCACAUUGUAUUUUUUUCUUAGGCAUCACUGUAUUUUUGGACUUUGCCUUUAUGAGUAUUUCAGAUCAUGUGCUUACUGGGAUUUAAUUGCAAGAAAUGCAGUUUGAGCUGCAAAAACAUACUUUAACUCUAGUGUAUGUUUAAAACAACUUUGUUAAUUGAACAGACAUAAAAUAAGAACUUCUCGUCCUCGACUGCCUUCUCGGAGUGCUCUCCACCAUUUCAGUGGGAUAGAAUGCAGUUCCUCGUAAUGCCUUCCUCAUCUGGCUACCUUCAACUUUCUUCAAACCCUAAAUUCACCCACGGUUUUUCGCUAGAUUACACCAAGAGCCCUUCAUGUGCUCCCAGGAAGAAGACGACUAUUAUAAGUUGCCUCUCGACUCAGACCAAAAGAAAGUCGGGUUCAGCGAGCCGGAGCCCAUCUUCGGAGGCCGAGGAGCUCGUUGCUCAAAUGAUGAACAACUUCACGGACAAGAAGCCUUUGGUGGCCACUCUGAACAAGUACGUGAAAAUGGUGCGUACAGAGCACUGUUUCUUGCUCUUUGAAGAGCUCGGCAAGAGUGACAAAUGGCUUCAAUGCCUUGAGGUAUUCAGAUGGAUGCAACGGCAACGGUGGUAUAUAGCUGACAAUGGGGUUUACUCAAAAUUGAUAUCAGUUAUGGGGAGGAAAGGGCAGACCCGAAUGGCAAUGUGGUUAUUUUCCGAGAUGCGUAAUAGUGGGUGUAGGCCAGAUACCUCAGUGUACAAUUCGCUUAUCUCGGCCCAUCUCCAUUCCAAGGAUAAGCUCAAGGCCUUGGCGAAGGCGGUUGGGUACUUUGAUAAGAUGAAAGGGAUGGAAAGAUGUAUGCCCAAUGUUGUUACUUAUAACAUUCUUUUGAGAGCUUUUGCUCAGGCAGGGGAUGUUGAAAAGGUGAAUGAUUUGUUCAAAGAUCUUGAAGAGAGUGUUGUUACGCCCGAUAUCUUUACAUUUAACGGUGUGAUGGAUGCCUAUGGGAAAAAUGGGAUGAUCAAGGAGAUGGAGUCUGUGCUCACUCGGAUGAAGAGGAAUAAGCUGAAAGCAGAUAUCAUUACGUUUAAUUUGUUGAUCGAUGCGUAUGGGAGGAAGCAAGAAUUCGAAAAGAUGGAACAGGUUUUUAAGAGCUUGUUGCGUUCAAAGGAGAAGCCAACUACUCCUACGUUUAAUUCAAUGAUUACAAAUUAUGGAAAAGCACGGCUCAGGGAUAAGGCAGAAGGGAUUUUCCAGAAGAUGACUGAUAUGGGGUACAAGCCAAGUUACAUCACGUAUGAAUGUCUCAUUAUGACAUAUGGGCGUUGUGACUCUGUCUCAAGGGCAAGAGAUAUAUUUGAUCAAAUGGUUGAAACGGAAAAGGAAAAGAAGGUUUCAACUCUAAACUCAAUGCUUGAUGUGUAUUGCAUGAAUGGUUUAACUAUGGAAGCGCAUAUGCUGUUUGAGAGCAUGCAUCAUUCUAAGAUCUUCCCAAUUGACUCUUCAACAUAUAAGCUUCUAUACAAGGCAUACACUAAAGCAGAUAUGAAAGGGCUGGUAGAGAAAUUGUUGAAAUAUAUGGAUGGAGAUGGCAUCAUCCCUAAUAAGAGGUUUUUCCUGGAUGCACUGGGGGCUUUCAGGUCUUCAACUUCAAGCCAAAAGUCCACUGAUAAGAGUAUUCAGUCAAGAACACAGGCAUCAAGGGCAAGGAAUUAGUUGUUGGGAAUCGUUGUCUGGAGUUGUUGGGAAUGGUUAGAUUUCUGGAGGAUCCUGAGCAGUACAAGACUUGUGAAAUGAUUGAACAUAUAGAUUCAUCAACACAGAGGUUGGCAAAGAGAAACAGAGAUUUGAGUUUGAUGAUUUUGAAGGAGUUGCUCCAGAGUUAAUUUAUGAGGUUCCACAAUCUUGCAUUUCUCUUGUAGAAUAUGUGAAAUAUGUCCAUAAAUCGCAUAGGCAAAAUUUUGUUUCAUUAAACUCUGCUUUGGUUAUAUACUAUUAACAGUUGCCACUGUCUUUGCCUGUCACACUGUGUCAACUUAUAAGCAUUUUGAUUUGGUCGGACCAUCUAAACUCUGUACGGCAGGGUUAAUUUUAAAGUUAAUAGCUGAUUUUAGCUUUUAAAUAAGAAGCUGGCAACUUUGAUUGGUAAA